CAGAGGGAGAGAGCAAAGGGGAGGGAGAGAGAAAGAGAGAGAGAGGUAGAGCGCCACACACAACGAGGGAACCCCAUCAGCUGGAAGUCGAGUAACAUUACAACUCUCAGCAGCCUCAAACUACUACAUUACACAUACGAGGGAUUCAUAUCUUCUUUGAGGAUUUAACCCGCGUCGGAUCACGGGAUUUUUGCUCACUAACGUCAUCAUUUUUCUUUUAUUCUACGGUGACUGUUUUUGCUUUUUUUUUUUGGAGGGGGGGGGGAACCAAACUGGAGAGAGGCGAGCAUGGAGUAUUUCAUGGUACCAGCUCAGAAGGUGCCCUCCUUGCAACAUUUCAGGAAAACGGAGAAAGAAGUGAUUGGAGGUCUUUGUAGUCUGGCCAACAUUCCUCUGACCCCAGAAACAGCCCGGGACCAAGAGAGGCGAAUUCGCAGAGAGAUUGCCAAUAGCAAUGAGCGUCGGCGUAUGCAGAGCAUCAAUGCUGGAUUCCAGUCACUUAAAACACUCAUCCCACACAGCGAUGGAGAGAAGCUCAGCAAGGCUGCCAUCCUGCAACAGACAGCAGAGUACAUUUUUACUUUGGAGCAGGAGAAAACACGGCUAUUGCAGCAGAACAGUCAGCUCAAACGAAUCAUACAAGAGUUAAGCGGUUCCUCCCCCAAGAGGAGGCGUGCAGAGGAGAAGGAUGAAGGGAUCGGCUCGCCAGACAUCCUGGAGGAGGAGAAGACUGAUGAUUUGAGGAGGGAGAUGAUCGAGCUGAGGCAGCAGCUGGAGAAAGAGCGCUCAGUCAGGAUGAUGCUGGAAGAUCAGAUGCGUUCCCUGGAUGCCCAGUUGUACCCAGAGAAACUGAAGGCGAUCGCCCAACAGCUCCAGGAGCAGCAGGCCCAAACACAGAGCCUUGUCUGUCUGCAGCAGCAUAAGCAGCUGGAGAGGGACCUUACUCCAGCCCACAGCCCACAGCAGGUGUUGGCCCCGGCUACCCCCCCUGCGCCUACACACCAUGCCACAGUCAUUGUCCCUGCACCUGUCCAACCUCCACAGCCCCAUCAUGUCACCGUGGUAACCAUGGGCCAGACAUCAGUUAUCAAUACAGUGUCCACAUCUCGACAGAACCUGGACACCAUUGUUCAAGCAAUCCAGCACAUCGAGGGCACCCAGGGGAAGGGUUGCGUCGGCGAGGAAGAGCAGCGGAGGGCGGUCAUCGUCACUUCGGGGCGCGUCCUCUCCGACGCGGCGGGCUCAGACACAGCCUCAAACAGCGACGGGCCCGACGACUGUUCACUGCCCUGAGUUCAACCCUGACAUCACGCACGCCGUACACUUACAUACACCUAUACACAAACACACACAGAUGCAAAUGGCCCAAGCAGACCAGGGCUACGGGAGGCUACAAACCCACAGCACUCUUGUUCCGUGGACGUUAAUAGGGCUGGUAGACAGAUUGAAGCACUCGACUUUUGUUUUUUUUUUUAAUACACACACUCUUACAUGUUGUACCGUGAUAGGCAGCCCAAAUAGGUUUACACUUAGACACUCAUACAUGCAGUCUGUUCUGCAUCUUUUCUCUGCUUAUCUAUAGCCCCUCCCCCCCCGCUGUCUCAUUCACACAUACACACACACUCAUGUCUAUUCAUUACUCUAUAGAAAGGUUAUUAGAGCGACUUCUUCACUGACUGACCUAUAAAUGCUCCGUCAAACUGGAUACUAGAAAUUCAAAUGUCUGCUAAACAUCUCCAUUAACCGCCGGGGCUUUUCUCUUUAUUUGGCUCUGAAGCCACGUGACUGACAACAGGAGACAAAGUCAACGAAGAGCCCAGCAAUGUGGCGUCAUCACACCCCCAACACCGAGUAUUUUCCACUUAAGAUGAACAUCCUUUUAACCUCCUUCUCUUCCUGACCCAUCUGAGCUGUUUUUUCGAGAGACACUGUGAGCUAACAAGACUGUCUCAAAGUUCCACCUUUUUAGGCUUCUGAAUGAAAGAAUAUGUUAUUUUACUCUUGUGAAGUCUACUUUUUUCGUGUUUCGUUUCUUUAAGGCUCCCUCGGCCAGCAAGUUAAAAUGAUUGUACUGGAAGAAAAAGAAAAAAAAAGCACCACAUUGACGGGAGUUUAAAAGCUGUUCGCUUCAUUUACUGUGAGCAGUAAAUGAAGCGAAGCACGGGAGGAGAGAGUGCACUUACUGGUUCACAACACAAUUUUUUUUUUUUUGUUUGUUUAUUUGUUUGUUUGUUGCCAUUUUUUACUGGGCUGGGUUCCCAGUAAUCCCACAUAUGUAUUUGGCAUGUUCUUCUUUUUACUCAUGGCCUGACAAAAAAAAAAAAAAAAAAAAAAAAAAAACAGUGCUUUGACAUUUCUUGACAUCCUCCCCUCUUGAAUAUAAAAGCACCUGGCUUGUUAAAUAAGCUAAUCUGUGGGCUCUCUUGAGUGAGUUUCACUGGUGUGUAUGUGUUUGUCCCUCUUAGCAUUUUGAAUCAGCAGGGCUUAGAGGUGCCCCAGACUCUGGCAGUCUGCAACAGCACCACUUUUGCCUUGAAAUUAAGGCACACUUGUGUGUGUUUGUGCGCACAACACUCACACAUAAAUACGACUGACAUACAAUCACUUGUUUGCUCAAUCUUAAGGGCUUGUUUUAUUUAGCCCUUAAAGUGUAGUUUCUUGUCCAAAUGUUGGGACAUCUAUCAAAGCAGAGUUUGCUUCACAUAUGAGGAAAAAGCCCAGUGAAAUUGUUUGAAUGUGCCAUGGAGGUGACUGGGCAGACUACAUGCUCUAUGCAUUUCCUUACAGCAUUUGUUCUUUGUGCGCUUUAUGUGUAGUGUACCAUGCUAUUUACAUGUUCCUGCAUAGAUCUUACUAUUAAAUGUGUUGUUGUUGUUUUUUUUUUGCCUGAAACUGUUGGAUGACAGACAGAUAUACAUUAAGACAUGUAACGGAGAGAGGCAGCAGCUUGCCUUACUAAUAGCCUGUGGGUGCAGGGAGGCACUGUAAAGCCAGCCUUAACACAGCCCUGGGAUCUGAGAGACAUACUUGAACACUUGAUCUGGGCCUUUUGGUGGCCACUUUGGUUUUCACCGCGCCAUCCCACACAGGCUCGUAAAAAACACCCUUGGUGUGUUAGAAAAUGGUUUUUAAUCCGUUUGAGUAUUUGUUUUAUUAUGUUUGCCUCAAAAAUGAACAGGUUGCUGAUAUACUAAUUACAUUCAAGCGCUCCUUAUUACCCCCCCCCCCCUCCCCUCCCAAUGCAAGUAUUCAAAAUGUAUCUGAAUACUCUGAUUGGAUUUACAUGUAGAUUGGCAACCUUUUUUUUUUUUUUUUUUACCCCCAUUGUGUGCACUACUAUUACCAGAUGUGUGGAAGAAAAUUCCACAAUUAAAUGUUGACAUUCCAUUAAAUUUUUACACAUUUUCUUUUAUACCAGGUAACUUUCAACAGUCAAACCUGGUGGAUUUAGAGAUUACAGUUAUAUUUAGGGCUUUUGACACAUCCCUGCUAUUUUAAAAUUCCAUUUAGUUACAAAUUUAUUAUUAGAAUCAUCUGCAUCAAUGCAUAGAUGGAGCUUAGAACUGCUGGACAGAUAAUGUGUUCAACUGAACACAACUCAUCUAUCAUUAUUUACAUCACAGAAUCGCCCUUUAAAAAAUAUUGAUGUCAGCUGCACUGAAACGCGUCAUGUGUAAAAUUAAAUCAAGGGACGUUUUCCCAGUACUUAUCAGUAUAGGAAGGGGAUUCCUGGAUAUUGAGAACAUAGUUUGCGUGCUCUGCUUUUUGUAGAGCCUUUUGCUUUUUCCUCUGUGUAUCUGCAUUUGAUAGUUUUUCUGCCGAAGCCCAGAACUGUUAUAUUUCCAUCUGUUUUACACUCUGUUCUGUGCGUUUAGGAUACGUUACGUGGACAUAUCAGAUCGUCAGAUGAGUGGGGUGGGUCUGGGGAUCAUUAAAUGGGGUCAAGAUUACAAAGCACUUACUGUACUAUACUGGAGUCGGCCUCUUUCUUUUGUAAAAAGGGGCACCUCCUCAGCUGAAGCUCUUGAGGUUAUGAGUAAAAACCGCACAGCUGUGUAUCCCUGUUUCCCUCCAUGUCCAGGCCUCCUAUAUCUUGUCCUGUUUGCCCCUCAUAUCUUCUUUGUUCUUUUGCAGAAUCUUUUAUGCUGUCUUUGUUUAUCUGUCGUCAAUAUCUCUUGUCUCCCUUCACAUUUUGCCGCUCCCUUCUUUGCCCCUCCUUUUGUCUGUCCUCUAUACCUUUUUUUUUUUUGUUAGACCUGUCAGUGCAUAUGGUCAUCAAGAAGCUAUUUUGUUUUUGUUUUUUUAAGAGAAAUGUUUUGGGGAUAAAGAGGCUUGUGCCUUUGUAAAGACAGAAUAAUAAAGUUUGUACUUUGUUUUUUACACAUU